AUGGCGCAGGCGGUGGAGGAGUGGUACCGGCAGAUGCCCAUCAUCACGCGCUCCUACCUCACCGCCGCCGUCGUCACCACCGUCGGCUGCACCCUCGACAUCAUUUCGCCGUAUCACCUGUACCUCAACCCGAAGCUCGUCGUGCAGCACUACGAGAUCUGGCGCCUCGUCACCAACUUCCUCUACUUCCGCAAGAUGGAUUUGGAUUUUCUGUUCCACAUGUUUUUUCUUGCACGAUACUGCAAGCUUCUGGAGGAGAACUCAUUUAGAGGAAGAACUGCCGACUUUUUCUACAUGCUCUUGUUUGGUGCUACUGUCCUAACUGGCAUUGUUCUGAUCGGAGGGAUGAUACCUUACAUUUCCGAGACAUUUGCCAGAAUUUUGUUCUUGAGCAAUUCAUUGACGUUUAUGAUGGUUUAUGUCUGGAGCAAGCACAACCCUUUCAUCCAUAUGAGUUUUCUGGGCCUGUUCACCUUUACGGCUGCUUACUUACCAUGGGUCCUUUUGGGCUUCUCUAUCCUCGUUGGGAGCAGCACAUGGGUGGAUCUCUUGGGUAUGAUUGCUGGACAUGUGUACUACUUUCUGGAAGAUGUAUACCCACGGAUGACUGGCCGUCGCCCCCUGAAGACACCGUCCUUCAUCAAGGCGCUAUUUGCUGAUGAUAAUGUUGUGGUAGCACAGCCACCCAAUGCUGGGAUGGGUGCCGAUGCAAGGUUUGGUGCUGUGGGUCUAGAUCCCCAGGCUCAAUGA